GUUGCCCUUUUUAGGACACUCAAUCACAAGUGCAUCACAGAAUAAAGACACAAUUGAAACCUUCUAAACCACACCCAAACACACAUUUGAUCUGUCUGGCUAAGCACACAAGAGAUCCAACUCUCUAGAAUGGCGGCGCAAGGACAGCAAUCGCCCGCUGACAGCAACAAAACACCGCGACAUCCUAGGUGGAGCCGACAGGAGACGCUGGUGCUCAUAGAAGGUAAGAGGCUGGCAGAGGAGAGGGGGCAGAAUGGCAGAAGAUCUGGUUCGGUUUUCGGAUCAGACCAGGUUGAGGCCAAAUGGGACUACGUCGCGUCUCACUGCAGACGAAAUGGAGUGAGCAGAGGGCCGAUCCAAUGCCGGAAGAGAUGGAGCAAUCUCCUCAGCGAUUUCAAGAAGAUACGGACAUGGGAUUCCCGCGUGCCACAAGAAGAAGACGAGUCUUUCUGGGAUAUGAGGAGUGAUUCUAGAAGGGAGAGGAAGCUUCCUGGUUUCUUCGACCGAGAAGUGUAUGAGGUGCUGGACGGGAAGGAUUUCGUAGGAUCUGCAUAUCAGCUUGCGCUGGUCGCAGUGAGUCCCCAUGAGAACAGUGUCAAUGGUGAUGGCUUAGACGACGAGGAUGGGAUGGUGGACAGUGAGGAGGCGGAGGAGGAGGCAGAGGAGGUGCUCGUCACAAGCCCGGGAAAGGAAAACGUUCAAGCAAAUGACAAAACAUACACAAUUCCAUCCCCAGUGCCUAUAUCAGAGAUGAGAUAUAAGCCAUCAUAUACAAACCAAGGUACAGGAAACAAGAACAAGGAUUUCAGGAGAGAGGAGGAGUUUCAAGAAGGCGCGAAGAAGAGAAAGCGGUCAUCGAGUGACUGUGUAAAAACUGAUGUCGACAGCAUACUGAUCAAAGCUCUAGAGAGAAACAAUGAACUGCUGAGUGCACAGCUCGAAGAUCAGAAGUCAAGUUUCCAGUUAGCCCGAGAACAGAAUAAGGAACAGCAUGAAAGAAUAGUCGAAGCACUUACCAAGAUCAAUGCUGCUCUAGAGAAAAUUGCAAAUAAACUGUAA